AUGGCAGCUCUUCACUUUACUCUUCCUCUCAAUUUCAACGGACAUAAAACCCCCAUUCAAACCCAAUUCCAAUCUAAUCACCUGAAGCCCCAGUCCCCUCCGACCACAAUCCGCCGCCGGUUGACGGCCGUCCGCGCCUACAAGGUGGUCGUCGAGCACGACGGCGGGUCGACGGAGCUGGAGGUGGAACCGGACGAGACGAUCCUGUCAAAGGCGCUGGACGCUGGGCUUGACGUUCCCCACGACUGCAAGCUGGGCGUGUGCAUGACGUGCCCGGCCCAGCUGGUCUCCGGGAAGGUGGACCAGAGCGAGGGUAUGCUGAGCGACGAUGUCAUCGAGAGUGGGUACGCGCUGAUGUGCGCGUCGUACCCGAGGUCGGACUGCCGCGUGAAAGUUAUACCAGAGGAGGAAUUGCUCUCUCUUCAGCUGGCUACCGCUAAUGAUUAA